AUGACGAUUCUAUCCAAGUCUCACGCAGCAUCGGGCAUUAUCUCAAUCGCUUCAAUAAUUACCCUUGCCAUUGCCAUUCGUAAUCAUGGCCAAAAACAAGCCAAUACCGGUUUUUACCGUCAGUCCGAGUUUCUGACCAAGAAACACGGCAGACGAGACCGGGUGGCAGUGAAUAGAGACUUUUAUGGCCGUUUUCUACGACUGUUCAAGAUCAUUGUACCAGGUCCUUUUACUGCUGAAGUGGGUUUUGCUGCUCUUGUGGCUGUAAUGCUCUUGACCCGAACGUCUUUUGACAUUGUGGUGCUUCAUACAUUCACGGCCAUUGAACGAGCUAUUAUUUCCCGUUCCCAGACGGAUUUUUUGCACCAUUUACGUCGUUUUGUUGCAAUUAUGCUGCCUAUGAGUUGUGUCAAUAGUUUACUCAAGUACGGCCAUACCGAGCUGAGUUUACGCUUUCGGACACGACUUACACGACACUUGUACGAACAAUAUGUCAAGGGAUUUGUCUAUUACAAGGUCUCGAAUCUCGACAAUCGCAUUUCAAAUGCCGAUCAAUUGCUUACAGUUGAUGUCGAGAGGUUUUCAAAUUCCGUUGCCGAUUUGUACUCAAACAUGUCGAAACCUUUGCUGGAUAUUGUUCUCUAUGCAGUAAAACUCUCAUCGACGAUUGGUGUCGAGGGGCCCGUGAUCAUGUUGAGCUACUUGAUAGCGUCAGGUUUCUUUCUUACGUGGCUACGGCAACCAACGAGUCGGUUUACGAUUGCAGAGCAGCAGAUGGAAGGCAAUUUUCGCUUUAUGAACUCGAGACUGAUCACGCACAGCGAGGAAAUCGCUUUUUACAAUGGAAACGUUCGGGAAAAACGCAUCUUGGAUCAGUCGUUUAACAGACUCAUUGACCUCUUGCGUAGUUCGCAGCAGUUUCGAUUCUCUAUGAGUGUUAUUGACAAUGUGGUGGCCAAAUACUUGGCGACUGUCGUUGGCUAUGCCGUACUGUCGAAACCGUUCCUGGACAUGUCGAACAAGCGGUUGGAGCACACAACGUAUGCAGAGCGAAUGGAAGACUAUUUCCGAUCUGGAAAAAUGCUGCUAAAAAUGUCAGAGGCUAUGGGGCGUCUCGUACUGUCGGGGCGUGAGCUGACGCGCCUCGCAGGGUUUACUGCGCGUGUUACAGAAAUGCUCGACGUUCUGUCUGAUCUGGACCAGGGAAAGUAUUAUCGCACGAUGCUCAAGGCUGAGGAUAACGAUGUUUUGGAGGAAUCGAAGGCGCAGUCGACUUCCGCUGAAUCGCUUGGGCUGUACCCUAACAACGGCGAAAUCCGCUACUGUGAUCAUGUUAUUCAAUUUGAGAACGUACCACUUGUGACGCCGAACGGCGACGUUUUGGUGCAGUCGCUUAACAUCAAGGUGAAGUCUGGCAUGAAUGUUGUUGUCGCAGGACCCAACGGUUGUGGAAAGAGUUCACUUUUCCGGAUUUUAGGUGAGUUGUGGCCGAUGUUUGGUGGCAAACUGACGAAGCCGGAGCGCAACGGAUUAUUCUACAUCCCCCAGCGUCCAUACUUGACGUUGGGCACUCUUCGCGAUCAGAUUAUCUACCCUCAUUCGCUCAAGGAUAUGCAGGCCCAUGAGAGGACGGAUGAAGACUUGAUGCAUUACCUGGAAAUGGUUCAGCUGGGUCGUUUAGUCGAUCGCGAAGGUGGUUGGGAUGUUGUUCACGAUUGGGCAGAUGUGCUUUCCGGUGGCGAAAAACAGCGUGUGGCCAUGGCACGCCUCUUCUACCACAAACCUCAGUUUGCUAUCCUGGACGAAUGCACAUCUGCUGUCAGCGUUGAUGUUGAAGGUGCCAUGUAUAGCUUCUGCCGCGCGCAGAACAUCACGCUCUUUACUGUGUCGCACCGCAAGUCGCUCUGGGCGUACCAUGAAUAUGUGCUUUGGUUCGACGGCCGUGGCCAUUACGAGUUUAAGAAAAUCGACGAGGCCGACGAAGCUUUCGGCUCUUAA